AUGACAACAGGCACCCCUGGCCUUGCCCACUGUGAUGUCAGCAACUGGACCGCCUCCCACCUCAUGCCCAUAAUCUACUCCUUAGUGUUCUGCCUGGGGUUGCCAGGCAACAUCCUGGCACUGGUGGUGCUGUGCAGGCGAGGUGGUCGUCUGAAGGCGGCGAUGAGAGUGUACCUGUUGAACCUGACCAUGGCAGAUGUGCUGUUCACGCUGACCUUACCUGUGUGGGUCUCCUACUACUCCCUCCAGGAGGACUGGCUGUUCCAGGAGGCUGCCUGCCGGGUGAUCGGCGCCCUCUAUUACAUCACCACCUACUGCACCAUCUCCUUCCUCACCAUCAUCAGCAUCAACCGGUACCGCAGCCUGAAUCUGACCCCGCCCUGUCUGCCCAUGCUGCAGAAGAGGGGCGCGGCCAUCAUCUGCGCCCUCACCUGGCUCACCUGGCUGGUGUGCGCCGCCCCGUCACUGGCCGUGCCGCAGACCCGGCGUGAGGCCGGGCGGGUGCAGUGCUUCCGGGACGUGGACCCCCGCCUGGCGCUGGCCGCGUGCUGCCUCUUCGCCGUGUCCUUCCUGGCGGUGCUGGCCUCCUACCUGUCUGUCCUGGGCUCGCUGGGGCAGCACCCGACCGGGCAGGGGGCCCACCGCCGCAGGGCCAAAGCAAGGGUGCUGGGCAUGCUUCUGCUCUUCCUGGGGUGCGUGCUGCCUUACCACGUCACCCUGGCGAUGUGGGCCCUGCAGGAGCCGAGGCCUCUCUGCCCCUCCCUGGCUCACCGCCUCUCCACCUCCCUGCUCAGUGCCACCAGCUGCCUGGACCCCUUCAUCUACUGCUUUUCCCUGAAGUGCUUCCGUGCCGAGGUCUAUAAGCUCCUCAUCGCCCGGUCUUCUGGCCAGGAGGCACACAGCGUGUGGUGGGCUGGGUUUGGCAAGGAGCCCAGGUCCAGCACCAGGACCCUCUCCUCCUAG